CUCUAAAAGCCUUCUUUUUGUAAUAGAACCAGACAAAAACAUUGGUUUUUAUUCAACUAAUUUUAGCUCUUCUUCCUUUGUUAUUAGUUCAAAAAUGGCAGAUUUUUCAAAGCAAGAAGACGAUCCAGAUGCUAUCUCAUCCUACUUAGGCCUAAGCUUCGGUCUUUUCUUAGCAUUGCUACCAACCAACUCCAUUUCUUUAGUACAGAACCAACAAGCCCAAAUCAAAGAAUUAUCCGCACGCCUAUUCCAAGCGGAAGAACAGUUGAAGCAAAUGAAAUCAAGAAGAAAAGAAGACUCCAAAGCAAAUGCAAGAGUGGUUGAGAUCUUCGCGAGCCAUAGAAACUCAUGGCAAGCUGAGGAGAAGCGGCUGCUGAAGCAGAUCGAUGGAGCUGGUGAAGAAAUGGGUUCGCUUCGAGCGAGAAUUCAAGAUUUGGAGAGCGAGCGAGACGAGUGGAGAGGCAGAAUUCAAGAUUUGGAAAGGGAAGUUGGUGAACGAGAUGAAAUGAUUGGCUUUAUGUCGAGAAAUGCUGUUAGUGUUAAUGAUGAGUAUGAAGUUGAGGAGGAUGUUUCUGGUGGCUGUGGGAAUAGAGAGUGCUAUGGUGGGGAAGAGGAGAAUUUUGGUUAUCUUUAUAGCCAACAUUUUGAUGGUGGUGGUGGUGGUGGUGAUGGCGGCGGAGGCGGUGGUGUAGGUUUCAGUUCUGAUUUCUUGCCUUCAGCUUCGAAGUUUUGGGCGGAGAAAGCUUCUCUUUGGCAGGACAUGCACUGUGAAUCUCUUGAAUCACUAUAUCAUAUGAAACAUUUUGUGGCAAGAAGGGAGUCUCCGUGGAAGGUAGACGGUGAAUCGACAGGAAUUUCCUCCAAACUAAAGUUGCUUGAACAGGAACUCCUCAAAUUGGAAAAUAUAGGCAAAACCGAUCCUUCAAAGGUUCCAUCACUUUUGAGGAAACAGGCAAAGAGGUACCAAGCUCUUGCCGGGAAGAUUGAUGAACUAUGCAGAAGAAUGGCUAGUGAUCCAUGUGAACCUACACUCAGCUCGGAGUUCCGUACACAAAGGCAAACAGAGUUUUUACUUGAAGCAUUCCGACUUCAACAGCGUGCAUCUGAAACUGGGCAGAAGCUGAUGGCACUACAAACUGAGAUUGGGAAGAGUUAUAAUGGUGAUGAUCUUAGCAGCCAGGCGAAGGUGACCGCAAGACGUUGCUUCGACGCCAUCAGGAACAACUUAAAAGAAGUUCAGAGAAACUUGGAAAUAUGGUUGGCCAGAAUAAUGGGAGAUCUUGAAGGCAUUCUGGCAAGGGAUGGUGCCUCCCGGGCGAGGGACUAUUAUGUUUCGAGAUAUCCUUUUGCUCAAUAGAAAUAACUCGUGUUUUCGUAAUGUAAGCUUUAAAGCAGCAGUUUAAAAUAUAACCAUUCCACUUUGUCUAUGUUAGCAUCAGUAGAUUUCCUCUUUCUCAUUGCAUUUUCUACAUCCAUGCUUUGUGUAUAUAACUAUAGUUUUUGUUUUUCCCAUUUUCAUUUGAUAUUUUACUUUUUUAUUUUUACGUACUUAAA